AUGAAGAUAUGGCCCUUCAAGGUCGUUGGGAAAGGUGAGAAACCCAUGGUUGAAGUUAUGUUCCAAGGAAAGCCGAUGAGAUUUUCAGCUGAGGAAGUCUCAUUCAUGGUUUUAGCAAAGAUGCGAGAAAUUGCCGAGACUUAUCUUGGUUCGAGUGUUACAAAUGCUGUUGUCACUGUCCCUGCUUACUUCAAUGAUUCACAGCGCCAAGCGACUAGAGAUGCUGGGACCAUUGCUGGCCUUAACGUAAUGCGAAUCAUCAAUGAACCAACGGCUGCCGCGAUUGCUUAUGGUCUUGAUAAAAAAGCAAGCGGUGUCGGUGCUAGAAAUGUUCUCAUCUUUGAUCUUGGUGGUGGUACUUUAGAUGUUUCACUACUCACCAUUGAGGAUGGUAUCUUUGAAGUCAGGACUACAUCCGGAGAUACCCAUCUCGGAGGAGAGGAUUUCGACAACAGAAUGGUCGAUCACUUUGUUCAAGAAUUCAAGAGAAGGCACAACAAGGACAUUAGUGAAGAUCCAAGUGCUCUUAGGAGGUUGAGGACUUCAUGUGAGAGGUCAAAAAGGAUCCUCUCAUCUACUACUCAAACAACCAUGGAGAUUGAUUCUUUGUAUGAAGGUGUUGAUUUUCAUGCAUCCAUUACUCGUGCUGAAUUUGAAGACUUGAACAAGGAUUUGUUCAAGAACUGUAUGGAACCUGUUGAGAAGUGUUUGGCGGAUUCUAAGAUGGACAAGAGCAGCGUCCACGAAAUUGUGCUCGUUGGUGGAUCCACUAGAAUUCCAAAAGUUCAGACUCUUUUACAAGAUUUUUUUAAUGGGAAGGAACUCUGCAAGAGCAUCGACCCUGACGAAGCUGUGGCAUAUGGCGCUGCAGUACAAGCUUCUAUUUUGAGUGGUGACGGUAACGAGAAGGUGAAGGAUUUAGUGCUGUUGGAUGUCACCCCCUUUUCUCUUGGUAUUGAGAUAGUCGGGGAUCGUAUGAGAGUGGUAAUGCCGAGGAACAGCCCCAUUCCAAACAAGAAGGUAAGUGACAACUUCCGCACUACCGGCAACGCACAAACUCGUGUAGAGUUUCCAGUGCUCGAGGGUGAGAGAGCUAGAGCCAGUGACAAUAAUUUGUUGGGUACGUUUAAUUUAAAUGGAAUUCCUCCAGCCGCUCGUGGUGCUGUCAAGUUCACAUUAUGCUUUGAUAUGGAUGCAAACGGUAUACUGAAUGUGUAUGCGAAGGAGAAUAAAACAUGA